AUGUGCCUUACGGCCACCGCAAAUCCUCAGGUAAGGGAGGACGUGCUCCGGAUUCUGAAGCUGGACGAAACUCCCGACAGGAUUAGAACAUUUCUCAUGAGUCCGCGACGGCAUAAUCUUCAUAUAGAGAUUCGAUACACUAAAGACCAAGAAGACAAUCGUCUUGCAGAUUUCUUGAAGUGGAUACGAGCCGUCUAUGAGCGGCGACGAAUCGAGUCCAGGAGAAAAGAACUGCAAGACGCGGGUGAGCGCCCGGAAGGCGUCCCAGGUAUUAUUUACACCAUAUCACGAGACGAGUGUGAAUCCCUCGCAGCAUCUUUACGCGAAGAGGGAGUUGGAGCCCGCCCCUUCCACGCAAAACUCACCAAGGAAGUGAAAGAAGAGACUUUGAAUCGCUGGAUCAAUAACGAACCUGGCUAUGAUAUUAUCGUGGCUACAACGGCAUUUGGCAUGGGUAUCGACAAGAACAAUGUUCGAUUCGUUGUCCAUUGGCGUAUCCCAAAGUCUUUUGAAGGGUACUACCAAGAAGCUGGUCGCGCAGGGCGCGAUGGCAAUGCCAGCUAUUGCUUCUUAUACUACAGCCGCGAAGAUUUAGAACGGGUCAUGCGAAUGAUUCGCAGCGAUUCAAAGGAAGGUUCGAACCUUGAGGCUAGGCUGCGUAGCCUUCAGGCCUUGGCUGCUUAUUGUGAAAACAUAGAUUCUUGCCGUCAUGCGCAGAUAUGCAAAUAUUUUGGUGACAGUUCUUCGCCGGCUUGCGAUUUUGCUUGUGAUUGGCAUAAAGAUGCCCAUGACCUGGAAAUGAGAUUUCUGAAGGGUUUGGCGAGCCCGGACUGGGUGAGCACGCAGGCGGGCCAAGGCACAUAUGAUGGCCACGAUUACUACGAUGAUGAUUAA